AUGAGAGCGACCAAGGAGGAUGGGGAGGAGAAUGGCGGGGAGGGUGAUGACGAAAAGCAAAUCGAGCCGAGGCAACAACAACAACAACAACGCGAGCUACGCAAAUUACCGGCAACAGCGACAGCCGCUUCGACUGCAACAACAACAGCAGCAGCAGCGGUAUCGAAAAGCGAUAAGCAGCCGGCUGUAGAGGGUGCAACAACAAGCUGUGAGGAGAGUGCUGAAGAACAGGUGAAGAACAAUGUAAACGAAGCAGAAGAAGAAGAAGAAGAAGAACAAGCAGCAGUAACGGCGGCGGUAGAAAAGCAAAACGAAACAAUGGAAACACAGGAAAUAUAUGAAAAAACAGCCUGUGGUGCUGUUGUUGCUGAUGGUGGUGUUGAAAAAGAUAUGGUAGUGACGGUGCCGGAAAAUGAAACGAACGAAGAAGAAGAGACUGACGUAGACGAGGAAGAGGAAGACGAAGCAGAAGCAGAUGUGGAUGUAGAUGUUGAGGAAGAGGGGAGUGAUAGAGCAGGAGAAGUAGCCAUAGCAGCCGAGCCGUCAACUGCAUAUGCAAGCGAGACCACAGCUGUUGCCAAGUAA